AGUGGACUUGAUGGGGGUCUCUGCAGGGCUGAUGAAGUCAGGUUUCUUGUUCUGACCUCUGCUUGCUGAGUUAAGGCAGAUUUCACUGGAAUUCUUGCAGUGGGCAAGACACUAACAUUUAUUGGUACGCCAGCUAUGCAUCUAAACAAUUUACUGCCCACUUGCUGCUUACAGUAUUCUCCCACCCACCUGAACCUGUGCUAAAUUAGAAUGUGGGAGUUAGACAUACCUAAUUUAAUCCACAGAAUCCUACAUUUGUCCCUAAGUGUUCUCCAACCAAUUGCUUGGGCAUAACCCCUGUGGUGUAGACAACUUUCUGCUUAGAAGACACUGAAAUGCUAGAAUGGGAAAGAGACUCCUUUAAAGUGCAACUUUAGGCAAUAAUGUUCCAAAAGGAUACCAGGGUAAGUGCUCCAGGGUCAAGAUCGGGACUGAAUGACCUUCCAGGUCUCCACAAAAGCCCUCUGACCCAGCAGGGUGGGGAAAGAGUGUCCAAUGAGACCAGCCUUUCAUCCUGGACCUGUUUCUGCCAUUUACAGUGGUUCUUUGCCUAGGAUCCCUCAGCUAAGAGCCCGCCUAAGUCCCACAAAGGGAGCCUUGUUCUCUGGCCUGGCAGAGGGCCAGGGGAAGUCUGCUUUGACUUUUCUAGUCCAGCUCUGCCUCAGCUUUUCCUUCCACCACUUGUGGUCAAGUCUGUUUUCUGGCCCUCGGGGCUGGCAUUCCUGCCCAGGAGGGAGGGGCUAGCAGACCAGCCCUCCCUGCAGCCCAGGCAGUGACUCACAGGUAGUUACCUGUCAGAGGGCUCCCUGCCAACUCUGUGGAGGUAGCCAGAGGCGAGGCUUGGAGUUCUUCUGUUCAUCCCUCUAAAACUUCCCUGGAGAGUUGAGCUCUGACCAUUUCCUGAUCCUUUUAAGGAUCCUCCAAAGUUCCCCAAGAAGCUGGGAUUUUCCACAUUUUCCUCUUGUGAGGGGUCUGGAUGCUUGGGUCUUCUCCACCUGCCAGCCCAACCAUAUGUCUAGGCUUUAACAUUUUGUAUACAAGCUCUGCUUUUUGUGUCGCCUGCUUAGUCUUCUUGUCUAGGGUGGUCCAGGAAAUAAGAGGAAGCUGACCACGACUGGCCUUGGAAAGAUGCCAAGACCCUCUCCAACCCUCAAGGCACCCAUAGGUCGGUGGGCACUGCAGAGCUUGCUUCAGAGCCUCAGGAUGGCCCACUUGCCCAGUCUCGUCUGAGGGUGGGGGUGCAGUGACGACAGAUGGGCGUGACUGCUACCAGAUUCCUGAGGCCCGCCCUGCAGUGGGACUACGCCCAGCCAGGGAGUCUCCAGAGAGUCUGCUUCGCUCUGCCCAAAGGUGAGGGUCUCUCUGAGGAUCACCCCACUGGCUGAUGAUGAGGCUGUUCCUUUUCCUGUGUUUUGCCUUGCCCAGCUUCCUGCGUGCCCAACAAGCCUGCUCCCGUGGGGCCUGCUACCCACCUGUUGGGGAUUUGCUCAUUGGAAGGACCCGGUUUCUCCGAGCUUCAUCUACCUGUGGACUGACCAAGCCUGAGACCUACUGCACACAGUAUGGAGAGUGGCAACUGAAAUGCUGCAAGUGUGACUCCAGGCUGCCUCACAACUACAAUAGUCACCGAGUGGAGAAUGUGGUCUCAUCCUCUGGCCCCAUGCGCUGGUGGCAGUCCCAGAAUGAUGUGAGCCCUGUCUCUCUGCAGCUGGACUUGGACAGGAGACUGCAGCUUCAUGACAUCACAAUGGAUUUUAAGGGGCCUCUGCCAGCAGGCAUGCUGAUUGAGCGCUCCUCAGACUUUGGCAAGACCUGGCGGGUGUACCAGUACCUGGCUGCGGACUGCACCUCUGCCUUCCCCCGGGUCCGCCAGGGCCAGCCCCAGAGUUGGCAAGAUGCCCGGUGCCAGCCCCUGCCCCAGAGACCUAAUGGACACCUAAAUGGGGGAAAGGUUCAACUUAACCUUAUGGAUUUAGCGUCUGGGAUUCCAGCAACUCAAAGUCAAAAAAUUCAAGAGUUGGGAGACAUCACAAACUUGAGAGUCAACUUCACCAGGCUGGCCCCAAUGCCCCAGAGGGGUUUCUAUCCCCCCAGCGCCUACUUUGCAGUGUCCCAGCUGCGUCUGCAGGGGAGCUGCUUCUGUCACGGCCACGCUGACCACUGUGCACCCAAGCCUGCAGCCCCUGAAAGUCCCUCCUCAGCUGUGCAGGUCCAUGAUGUCUGUGUCUGCCAGCACAACACUGCUGGCCCCAACUGUGAACGCUGUGCCCCCUUCUAUAACAACCGGCCCUGGAGACCUGCAGAGACCCAAAACCCCCAUGAAUGUCAAAGAUGUGAUUGCAAUGGGCAUUCAGAGACAUGUCACUUUGACCCAUCUGUAUUUGCUGCCAGCCAAGGGGCACAUGGAGGAGUGUGUGACAAUUGCCGGGACCACACUGAGGGCAAGAACUGUGAGCGGUGUCAGCUGCACUAUUUCCGGAACCGGCGACCAGGCGCCCCUAUUCAAGAGACCUGUAUUCCUUGUGAAUGUGAUCCGGAUGGGGCAGUGCCAGGGGCUCCCUGUGACCCAGUCACCGGGCAAUGUGUGUGCAAAGAACAUGUGCAGGGAGAGCGCUGUGACCUUUGCAAGCCAGGCUUCACAGGACUCACCUACACCAACCCACAGGGAUGCCACCGUUGUGACUGCAGCAUCCUGGGGUCCCAGCGGGACAUGCCCUGUGAUGAGGAGAGUGGCCGCUGCCUGUGUCUGCCCAACGUGGUGGGUCCCAAAUGUGACCAGUGCGCUCCCUACCACUGGAAGCUGGCCAGUGGCCGGGGCUGCGAGCCAUGUGCCUGUGACCCGCACAACUCCCUCAGCCCCCAGUGCAACCAGUUCACAGGGCAGUGCCCCUGUCGGGAAGGCUUUAGUGGCCUCAAGUGCAGUGCUGCCGCACUCAUCCGCCAGUGUCCAGACCGGACCUAUGGAGAUGUGGCCACAGGAUGCCGAGCCUGUGACUGUGACUUCCGAGGAACAGAGAAUCUGGGCUGCGACAAGGCCUCGGGCCGCUGUCUCUGCCGCCCUGGCUUGACCGGACGUCGCUGUGACCAGUGCCAGCGAGGUUACUGUGACCGCUACCCCGUGUGCGUGGGCUGCCACCCAUGCUUCCAGACCUACGACUCAGACCUCAAGGAGCAGGCUCGGCGCCUCCACAGUCUCCGCAAUGCCACUGCUGGCCUGCGGCCGGGGCCAGGCCUGGACGACCUUGGCCUGGCCUCCAGGGUGCGGGAUGCCAAGGCCAAGAUUGAGCAGAUCCAAGCAAUUUUGGGCAGUUCCUUGGUCACAGAGCAGGAUGUGGCCCAGGUGGCCAAUGCCGUCUUCUCUAUCAGGCAGACUCUCCAGGACCUGCAGUUGGAUCUUCCCCUGCUGGAGGAGAUGUUGUCCCUCCCAGGAGACUUGGACAGUCUGGACAGAAGCUUCAAUCACCUCCUUGUUAUGUAUCAGAACAAGAGGGAACAGUUUGAAAAAAUAAGCAAUGUUGAUCUUUCAGGAGCCUUCCGGAUGCUGACCACAGCCUAUGAGCGGUCAUCGCAGGCUGCUCGGCAGAUCUCGGACAGCUCCAGGUUGCUGCACCGGCUCAGGGAGGACCGCAGACGAGCAGAGGGGCUGGACAGGCUGGUGGGAAGAGGUGAAGGUGAUGGUAGCCCCGAUCUGGCAUCCCUGCAGCUAGAGAUGGCCUCCUUGCCUGAUCUGACACCUACCAUCAAUAAGCUCUGUGGCGGCUCCAGGCAGACGGCUUGCACCCCAGGAGCGUGUCCUGGUGAACUGUGUCCCCAAGAUAAUGGCACUGUCUGUGGCUCCCACUGCAGGGGUGCCCGCCCUAGGGCUGGAGGGGCCUUCCGGAUGGCAGGGCAGGUGGCUGAGCAGCUCCGGGGUUUCAACUCCCAGCUCCAGCAGACCAGGCAGAUGAUUAGGGCAGCUGAGGAAGCUGCCUCGCAGGUCCAAUCAGAUGCUCAGCGCCUAAAGACCCAGGUGAGCACCAGUCACUCCCAGAUGGAAGAAGACAUUGGACGCACACGGUUCCUCAUCCAGCAGGUCCGGGACUUCCUCACGGACCCUGAUAUGGAUGCAGCCACCAUCCAGGAGGUCAGCGAGGCUGUGCUGGCUCUGUGGCUGCCCACGGACUCGGCUACAGUCCUGCAGAAGAUGAACGAGAUCCAGGCCAUCGCAGCCAGGCUCCCCAACGUGGACCUGGUGCUGUCUCAGACCAAGCAGGACAUUACGCGGGCCCGCAGGCUCCAGACUGAGGCUGAGCAGGCCAGGAGCCGAGCUCACGCAGUGGAAGGCCAGGUGGAGGAUGUGGUUGGGAACCUGCGGCAGGGCACGGUGGCAUUGCAGGAGGCCCAGGACACCAUGCAAGGCACCAGCCGCUCCCUUAAACUUAUCCAGGACAGGGUCGCUGAGGUUCAGCAGGUCCUGGGACCAGCAGAAAGGCUGGUGAUGGGCAUGAGGGAGCAGCUGGGUGACUUCCGAGCACGGAUGGAGGAGCUCCACCGCCAGGCCCAGCAGCAGAGGGCACAGGCAGCCCAGGCCCAGCAGCUUGCAGAGGGUGCCAGCCAGCGGGCACUGAGUGCCCAGGAGAACUUUGAGAGAAUAAAGCAAAAGUAUGCUGGGUUGAAGGACCGUUUGAGUCGGAGUCCCAUGCUGGGUGAGCAGGGCAGUCGGAUCCUGACUGUCAAGACAGAGGCAGAGGAACUGUUUGAGGAGACCAUGGAGAUGAUGGACAGGAUGCAAGACAUGGAAUCGGAGCUGCUGCAGGGGAGCCAGGCCAUCAUGCUGCGCUCAGCAGACCUGACAGGACUGGAGAAGCGCGUGGAGCAGAUCCGCGAUCACAUCAAUGGGCGUGUGCUCUAUUAUGCCACCUGCAAAUGAUCUCCAGCUCCCUUUGCUUCUGGGGAGGGGGCAGAUCGGGUGGAAUGUUUUCUGACUCCAGGAGACUUGGAUGCCACCCAGGAAGAGCCUGCGCUGAUGGGACAGCUACAUUUGUGGAUAGAGGUGGUAUAGGUGGGUCUGUCAUCAUGCCUGGAAACUCCCAAGUGGGGAGAGCCACGCUGGGCAAGGUCUCUGUCCUUGUCCUCUGUUGUGACUGAAUCCUGGACCAACACAAAAAUGUAAUGAAAAAAGAUGUGCAAAUGAAAAGUCCAAAAAUCUUUGGAAAGGAACUAGAAGCUCAGGGAGGGAAAUGGUCUGUCUUCCCAUUCAAUAAACUUUUGUCAUUUA